GAUGAUGUCAGCGGCGGCGGCGGCGGCGGUGGGGCUGGGCCGGGGCCGGGCGCUGGGGGGGGCCGGGGCCGGGGCCGGAGCCGGAGCCGGAGCUGGAGGAGAGCGAAACCCAAGCGGCCGGGGCUGGCCACGGUGAUGAGCCGGGCCUGGCAGACGCGGCGCCAUCGCAGUCAGAAGGAAAAGGCCAGGCUGGAGGGACUUGCUGAGCCACGACGCUUCUCCAUGUUGGCUAUGCUCUCAGAGGUUCCUGACACCGGCCCAGCCUCUGAGACUCUCCCUGGCCUCUUUUCCCUAUGUUUAGGCUGGCAUCAUGCCACCCCCUGCAGAGGUGACGGACCCAUCCCAUGCCCCAGCUGUCCUGCAUCAGCUCAAUGAGCAGCGGCUCCGUGGCCUCUUCUGUGACGUCACCCUCAUAGCUGGAGACACCAAGUUCCCUGCUCACCGCAGUGUCCUGGCCGCCUCUAGUCCCUUCUUCAGAGAAGCCCUACUAGCUUCAGCCCCACUGCCCCUUCCACCAGUUACUGGCGGCUCAGCCCCCAGCCCCGCAACCACCACAGCUGCCUCCUCUUCGUCCUCCUCUCCCCCUCCAGCCUCUCCUCACUCUUCAUCUCCUCCCCGGGUGCUAGAGCUGCCCGGGGUCCCAGCAGCUGCCUUCUCCGAUGUCCUCAACUUCAUCUAUAGUGCCCGGCUUGCACUCCCUGGCGGUGGUGGGGAUGGGGCAGCUGUGGCAGAGAUUGGAGCUCUGGGCCGGAGGCUGGGUAUCUCCCGUCUACAGGGCCUGGGGGAAGGAGGUGAUACUUGGGUACCACCUGCCCCAACUUCCAUGGUCACCUCAGAUCCUACUGAGGAUGGUUUGGGGGCAGGGCCUAGAACAGAUGGAGAGUGGGUGGGUGACAAAGCUGAGGCCCUGACUCCUGACUCCCAGCCCCGGCGGCCCUUUCCUUGCCCUCGAUGUGGAAAAAGCUUCAUCCAUCCCAAGCGACUACAGACCCACGAGGCUCAGUGUCGACGAGGGUCCAACACUCGGGGGUCUGCAGGGCUGGGGCCUGGAGUCUCUGGCUCUGGGGGUCCUGCAGGAGUGGAUGCCUCUGCCCUGCCACAACCAGUGGGCUUCAGAGAUGGCCCUGAGCAUGUGGUGAAGGUUGUGGGCGGCCACGUGCUCUAUGUGUGUGCGGCCUGUGAGCGUUCCUACGUGACCCUGUCCAGCCUGAAGCGGCACAGCAAUGUACACUCGUGGCGGAGGAAGUACCCCUGCCGCUACUGUGAGAAGGUGUUUGCCCUGGCUGAGUACCGCACCAAGCACGAGGUGUGGCACACUGGGGAGCGCAGGUACCAGUGCAUCUUCUGCUGGGACACCUUUGUCACCUAUUAUAACCUGAAGACCCACCAGCGAGCCUUCCAUGGCAUUAGCCCUGGCCUCCUAGCCAGUGAGAAGACACCCAAUGGAGGCUACAAACCCAGGCUUAAUACCCUCAAGCUGUACCGCCUGCUCCCUAUGCGGGCGGCCAAGCGGCCCUACAAGACCUACAGUCAGGGAGCCCCUGAGGCCCCUCUUUCUCCAAGCCUCCACACACCGGCCCCCGCGGCAAUGCCAGCCAGCCCCCAACCCCUACCCCCACCCGCCCCAGAGCCUGGUCCUCCCCCCUCUGUCAUCACCUUUGCUCAUCCGGCUCCCUCUGUCAUUGUCCACGGGAGCAGUAGUAGUGGUGCAGCCGGGGGCGGACCAGCCGGCACAGGAGGGUCCCAAGCUGCCUCAGUCAUCACUUAUACGACUCCCCCAAGACCCCCCAAGAAACGAGAGUACCCACCUCCUCCCCCUGAGCCUACAGCAACACCCACCAGCCCAGCCUCCACCGCCGUCAGCCCAGCCACAGCUGCAGGGCCAGCCACAGCCACAGAGGAGGCCAAGGGCCGGAAUCUGCGGGCUGGGAGGACUCUGACUUACACAGCCAAACCCGUGGGUGGGUUGAGUGGGAGUGGGGGUUCCCCCACAGGGACUGGCCGAGGCUCUUCUCAGCUUCAGGCUCCACCUCCACUGUGUCAGAUCACUGUGCGAAUUGGGGAAGAGGCCAUUGUCAAGCGCCGCAUCUCAGAAACUGACCUGCGUCCUGGAGAGCUGAGUGGAGAGGAAGUAGAGGAGAGCGAGGAAGAGGAGGAGGAAGAGGAGGAGGAGGACCAGGAGGAACAAGAGGAAUCGAAGGCUGGAGGGGAAGAUCAGCUUUGGAGACCCUACUAUUCAUACAAGCCUAAGCGCAAGGCUGGAGCUACUGCCGGCGGGGCCAGCGGGGUCAGUGGACUGCCCCGAGGACGAAGACCACCACGCUGGAGGCAAAAGCUGGAACGAAGGGGCUGGGAGGAGACCCCAUCAGUGGAGGGCCCAGGAGGACGAGGACGUGGUGAGCGUAGGCACCGUUGUGGGGACUGUGCCCAGGCCUUUGCCACUGUGAGGAAGCUGAGAAAGCACCAGGAAGCCCAUAGUGGAGGCUCCCACACCUCCAGGACUGGGAGGAGGUCUUCCACCCGCUUCACCUGUCCCCACUGUGCCAAGGUGUGCAAGACGGCAGCUGCCCUGAACCGACAUGGGCAAAGGCAUGCUGUGGAACGGCCCGGGGGCACUCCCACACCUGUCAUUGCCUAUUCCAAAGGAAGCAUUGGCACCAGGCCCACUGACGUCAAGGAGGAGGCCCCCCAGGAGAUGCAAGUGUCCUCUUCCAGUGGGGAGGCAGGCAGUGGUAGCGCUGCCGCUGCUGAAGCUUCUGAGUCUGCCUCACUCCAGGACCCGGUCAUCUCUGGGGGUGAGGAGCCUCCAGUAGCAGGUGGGGGCAGCUAUGUAUACCCACCUGUGCAGGAAUUUCCCCUGGCCCUGAUAGGAGGCAGCCGGGAGCCCAGUGCCGGCAAAGGAAAACCUGGGAAUGAGGGUUCCUUGGGAGCUUCUGAGGGUGACCGGAUGGAGGGGAUGGGGACUGCCAAAGUCACCUUCUACCCUGAGCCCUACCCACUUGUCUAUGGCCCCCAGCUCCUUGCUGCCUACCCUUACAACUUCAGCAACUUGGCUGCUCUCCCAGUUGCUCUCAACAUGGUCCUACCUGACGAAAAAGGUGGUGGGGCCCUUCCCUUCCUACCAGGGGUCUUUGGCUACGCAGUGAAUCCUCAAGCGGCGCCACCCACUCCCCCUCCCCCUCUCCCUCUGCCAGUUUCCCCUAAGGGAAUAGGGGGAAUGACAGGGGUAGAGAGAACCCAGAAGGGGGAUGUGGGGUGAGCAACAAGGCCAGGUCCCCCUCUUACCAGAUGCCACCCUCCCCGAGUCCCCUCCCCCCACUCUCAGCUCCCUGGCCUCCCUGCCCUUUGGGAGCCCCAUCACACUCUUGUGCAGGGAUUUGGGGGCCCCUGGAGCUCAGGAGUCAGGCUGCUUUGUGUGAUUGUAGUUUCCCCAUUCCCUGAGAAGGGAGUUUUGGUGGUUCCUCUCUGUCUUCUCCAGGGAAUGGCCCCUGUGAGGGGAAGAGCCAGCUCCCAUCCCUCAUCCAGCCCUUGGGGCAACUGAGCAAUAUACUUAUCUGAGUCUCUACUUACAGCCCCCACCAGCUCUGAAUGUCUAACCUGCUCCCCUGAUCUGUAAGCCUAGGGGGAACCAUCUCUCACCCAACGAUGCCUGCUCAUUCUGACGCUGUCUCUAAGACCUUCUUCCCCAGAGGCUUCCUAGCACAUUCCAUCCUUUGUGGCCCAAGGCCUGGACCAGACCAUUGUGAUAUCCAACCCACCAGCCUGGAAGCAUGGCUUUUGGAUUCCGUUCUUCCCAAGGGUGGGUUUCCCUGUCCUUGUUUCUUUCAUAUUAAGACGCCAUGCCUUCCUUGGCUUCCAUGCCUUUGGAUCUUCCAUAUUCCUUCCUGUGCUCCUAGACUUGGAGAUGGCCUAACCCAUUUCAGGUCAAAAGGAGGUGGGAGGUGUCCUGUGGCUAAGCACUUUCUCAAUACAGGGCAGGGAAAUCGUGGGCCCUACCUUUACCCCCACGUCCAGUGACCCCAGAUUCUUCCAAGACAAAAGAGGUGAAUAGAUCAUAACUCUUCUGGCCUUUAUAUGUGGCUUCUUUGGGGCUAACCUAACUUUGAGCACCAGGUAUGAAGCACUCCAUAGAGAAUGGAGAAGAUACUCUACUUUCUCCCUGACAACCCCUUACUAGGGCUUCUCCUAGAUUAGACCAAAUAGCCAGAUAAAUGGAUGGGGUUUGAUGUGUGGGUAAGCCCAGGAUUUGAACAUCACCUCCAUCUUUACCUUUAUCCCUUCUCUGAUGUCACUGUCCUCACCGAUCACUCCAGAUGGUUUCAAAGGAACCAUCUUUCUCUUCUGGUGGGCUUUGGGGUAUCCCCACCAACUUUGCCUCCAAAAUAGCACCUUAUACCCCAUCUUUGACUCAGUCCCCCACACCCAAAGAUCCCAGCCUAGGAAUGGGGUGCAGGGAUUUUAAAUAGUCCCUAAUCCCUAAUUUGCACUAGUUAACCCUGGUCAGGGGACCUAUGUUUCCUUCCAGUAGGGACUAUAGACAAAUGUUUGUUCUUAAUUCCCUUUGAAAAAUGGGGCCUCCCUGAUGUGUGAUUAGAUGGAUAUUUCCAAUAUACCCAUCUCCCCUCCCCCACAAAGAAAGAACCAGCUCACAAAGGGAGAGCCAGUUUGGGCAAGCAAAUUUGAUGUGGGAGUUAGAGGAGUAUGACUUCAAAAGGAGAAAGACUGUUUUAACCAAAUGACAGUCUUUCUCUCAGCUACUGUUUUCUGGGGCCAAGAUGGCUGCCCUCUGACCUGCUGUGGAGAGGGCAAGAUCAUGGCUUUUGGAGGGAGGUGAGUUUGGGAAGGCCAGGAGCAUCCUCCUGCCCCCUCCUAGCCUCCAAGUAUAUAGAAAGGGGGAGGUUUUUGACAGGCUUCCUGAAUGUUAACCACGGAGGGGGUCACUCCACCCCUCCUCUGUCUCUUUGCACUUUUCUUGGUCUUGGCUACAGCCUGAGUGAAGAAUUUCCUACUGAAUGUACCAAGUUCCAGUUUUUAAGGGUUUGGAAAAAGUUUCAAACAGGGAAAAAUGGAGAGAAAAAAAAAGAAAAAGAAAAAAAAUCACUAAAAACUCCCGUAAAUCUUGUUUCUGGCACUUUAGAAAAACUGCAAAAAAUACAUAAUAAAGAAUACAUAUAUAUAUAUCUACACACAAAUUAUAUAUAUAAAUAUAUCUAUAUAUACAGCGGAACCACAAGAGAGACUGAGGAAGGCCUGAAGGCAGGGGGCAGACAGGGGUCCCUCCUACCCUCCACUGCCCUCCUCUGAGGAAGUCAUGAGAGAAGGGGUAAAAAAUGGUCUGGGGAAUUUGAAUUUCAGAAUAGAUCAAAAUUCUACCUUUUGGAAGAAUUGAGAUUCUUAUGUGGGCUUUUUUUUGUUGUCGUUUUUUGUUUUUAAUAAGGGUAAAGAGAAUAGCUUCCAGAAUUUAGCAACAAAUAGUUGUGGCAAAGCAGAAACUUAAAAAUAUGUAUUUGAGAUGGAAGGUCUCGAUAUCAUGAGUUUCAGGUGUUGGAAGUUUGGGAUUUCGCAAUUUUGUCAUUUGAAGGUGAUCAAGUCUUGUCAGUUUGUGCCCUCUUUCCCCAUGUGACCUGGGAAGAAGGGAGAAAGUGGGAAGCCACUGGUUCUGUGCCACAGCACGCAAGAUUUAGAAUUUUACAGACUCUAGCUCUAUAUGUAGUGAGGACCCAGAUUUAGAGAAUCUGACCACUAUUUAUCUCCAGAUUUGUGUGUGUUUCCAAUUCUCUAGGCCAAUAAAUCAACAAGACAAAUGAACUAUGCUCACAGCGGGAUGCCAGAUGCGAUCAUUUGUGUGACUGGGGGUAGGGGGCAGGCAUUUGUUGUCUUUGCUUGGCAGGGAUCCUGAGACCUGUAGCCUACUCCUGACUCCAGGUGCUUCACUGUAGUUGUCUAGCCCCUAGGCUGCAGCUCACUUCUAUCUGACCUCUCUACACAGAGAUGCUAACUCUGGAGCUGGGGAUGUAGCUCAGUCGGUAGAGAGAGGGCUUGAGUAGAAUGCGGGUGUGUUUCUCAGCUCAACAAGAUGGCACACACCUAUAAAACAAGCGCUUGGGAGGUGAAGGUUAAGGGUCAUCUUCAGCUACACAUAGAGUUCCAUAGCCCCUUUCUCACAAGGUCCCUUCUUAAAAAUGCAGUGCUCCCCUGCCCCCACCUUUAGAAGCACCCUUAAGUGCUGUGUUCAAGAUUUCUAUGUCCCAGAAUAACCUUUGCCUUAAGCCAGGUGCAGAGAUUGCAUCAUUGCCAUAAGAGCUCCUUACUCCACUCCUGUCUCCUUGGCUUCAUCUUGCCUGCUGGGUCUCUUUAUGGAGGAAUAGCUGGGAGCACGAGUAAGGCUGGACAGGUAGAUGAGAUCUUGUCUGGUUUGAGUAUCCUGACCAGAGUGGGUUGCGACUCAUAAGCCCUGGCAAGUUGCUGUCAACAGCCGCAUCUGGUCUCUCGUCACUAUAGCUUUCUAAAUGUUUUCAAGAGAAGCCAAAAAACCCAAAUGUCUGUAAGGUACACAAACUUUAAAGGUACCAAGCUUCAACUACUUUUUUUCCUUUGAGUGUUUUGCUUGCAUGUAGGUCUGUGUACCACACAUAUACGGUGCCAGAGGAGGUCAGAAAGAGGGUAUUCGAUCCACUGGGGGCUGGAGUUGCACAUGUGGGUGAUAGGAAUCAAAUCCUGAAGAAGAGCAGCCAAUGUUCCUAACCUCGGAAUCAUCUCUCUCCAGUCCCUAAUCCACAUUUAAGAUAUCUUUAAUCCUAGCAUUCAUGAGGCAGAAGCAAGUGGAGUUUGAGGCCAACCUGGUCUACACAACAAGCUCCAGGCUAGCCAUGGUUACAGAGCGAGACCAUGUCUCGAGGCUGUGUACCGUAGUGAGUUAAAGGCCAGGUUGGACAACUUACUAAGACUCUGUUUCUAAAACAAAAACCAGGCUUGGUGAGAUGUGUCUAUAAUCCCAGUUCUUGAAAGAAGCAGAUGGAUCAGGAGUUUAAGUGGUUCUUAGCUCUGUAGUGAGUUCAGCCAACCUGGACUGUAUGAGACCCUGUCUCAAAACAAAACAAAAAUUAAAGCUGCACUAGUGGUGAAAAACUGUGACCCCAGCAUUUGAGAGGGUAAGGCAAAAGGGUUGCUGAGAGUUCAAGACCAGCCUGGACUAUAUCAAGACUGUCUUAAACAACAGUAACAAAACCAUGAAGUCAAAAAUGAAGGAAAAAUAAGGUCUGUUAAAUAGCUCAGAGGUAGAUGACUUGCCUACUGUUUGCAAUUCUGGGUUCAAUUCCAACUACUCUAAAAACAAACCAAUAAAUACUGUACAGCCCAAGGACAUAGGCAAAAAAUAAAACAAAACAAAAAAACCCAAGCCAAAAAAAAAAAUGCACCUGUUUGAAAGCUCUGAUAUAUACUGUUAGGAAUUCUCUAUGGGCACAUACUACUACGUGCUCCAUUUUACAGAUAUAACAACAGAUAGUGAGUAGUUUAGUGGUUUGUGUGCCAGAGCUAGCACUUGAAUAAGGUUGUGUGUGAGACAAGGUCUCAUUCUAUAACCUCGACUGGGUGAAACCCACAGCAGUCCUGCCUCAGCCUUCCAACGCUGGGGUUCUAAGUAUGGGACACUAUGCCUGGUUUGAAUGAGAUCUCUCAAUAUGUAGCAGAGGUUGGCCUUGAACUCAUAGCAAUCCUCCUGCCUCUGUCUUCCAAGUUCUGAGAUUACAGGCAUUCACCACCACUCCCCCCCUCCCCCUUUUUUAAAUGUUUAUUGCAAAUGCUGACUUUUAGAAAUAACCUUUUUUCACUCUAAAGGUGGUAAUCAUUGCAAAAAAUAAAUUUUAGAAAGUUAAAAAUAGA